AUGCCAACCACAGACACCAAAUUGGCCUUUCCACAGCCGUCUGCUUGUCUGCUUCGACCUUGUCAUCAGACCAUCCUGUGGUCCAAAAAUGGCAUCAUUUGCUAUGCUCUGCACGCAGAAACGGGGCCAAACUUGAACAUCACGUUUCUAGAGAAUACCGACGGCAAAAACUGGCAAUUGGCACCUUCGCAGGGUCUCACGAUCCGCCCGCUGGACGCACGCACGGCCCAGAAGUUGGUUUUGGUGCAAUGGAGCAACAUUUCGACGGAUUUGGCCGUUUUUGAUGAGUUGGGAAACUUCUACAUCUUGCUAGCCGGAGUGGGGCUUUUGAAGAAUAAGCGGCUGCUGAAGUCAGGCACACCAGGGACACAGUCUACGCCAAGCGCUGGAAAUGUAGCCACGGCGUCUAAGUGGGCUGUAAACGGCCCGAAUCUUGGUGCACCUACAGGCGGGAACAGUAGUACGAGUCUGGCCGGUAAAGAGACAAAUGGGACUUCAAAAGCUAGCACUCCUUUGAAGGGUUCAACUAAUUCGGCUCAGAGUGGCAAUGGGACUGGAACUGCCGAAAAAGAUAACGGUGUGCUUAAUAACAAAACUGAAGAACAGGAGGCGCCUUCGUAUGAGUUGACCUCGUACAACCACACGGAAAUGAUAUAUAGAGAUAUUCAGAGCGGCGCUAGUGGCCAGCCGCUUCAGGGACAAUGUGUAGCCUUCAAAUGGUUGAUGGUGGACAAACCGCAGAUAGUGAACAAGCCUGCCAAAUGGUCUGCCGAAAGCAACUCGUAUGUCUACAGCAUACAGCAGUAUAAGCUGCAGCUUCUAGCGCAUCCCAUUCCUACCAAACAGGCCUGUUUGGCUGUACGUCAGUCCGGUAUUGUCGAUUUGUACUACCAGGGAGAACACAAGGUGGAGUAUCAUAAGCUCAGCGUGGAUUUGGGCGCCGGACGAAUUGCGUCUCGAUUAAAUCUCACGCACGCCUCCAUUGGUUUCAGUGCCGACAAGAAAAUAAUCAUCACAGCGUUGGAUGUGGCUCUGAACCUCAUUCUCACGUACUCGCUUGCCCUUGACUGGGGAUUCCUCGUAGCUUCCGCGCUUCGCCAGAGCAAGGAUCCACACUAUCACACACCCAAAGAGGAGCAGACUCCGCCCUCGUUGGUAUCCACCCUUGUCCAUCAAAUGAAGCCUAGUGCCUCGAUGUGCGUUGGUGUCAGCGCCAGUGCUGAAAGCGAUUCUAGGGACGAUGCUAUGGACUUGGAUAUUUUUCCAAAUGCAGCAAAUGAACGCGACCGAUCUGCCUCCAUUGAGGCCAACCGACUUGUCCUGAUAGACAUUCUAUCUCCGUACCAUGCUCAAACAGCUACGCUCGAUGUGUUGAUCACAUACGAGCACAUUUCACUGGACCCAAAACAGAGCGUCUCAUUCAAAACACAGCGGUUCCAAUACAUGGACGUUUCUUCGACAGUACCGUCCUGCUUCUCGGCCGUUGGAGGUUCUGGAAAUGCUCAAACAGGCCAACUUUACUCGUUGGUUCUACAAGACGUGCUCAGCAUCCCUGGCCGCUUUCAGUCACUUUCUCUUGCCCUUUCGGAGUCUAUUAUUCUCUUCGCACUUGAAAGCGGUGACUUCGUGCCGAUCUCGCGCUCUACUUGGAAGUCUUUGGGUAACUCGACAGAGGUCAAAAAGGAAGAGAUUCAAACACCAAGCACGAAAACAGUUGACACGCUUGCUACUCUUUUUGAUUGCGGCUUCUGCUUCCCCACUCUUCUGUGCGAAGAUAGACACUUUGCGUACGCAGUGUCUCCCAACAUGACUAGUGUUGUCUACUUCCAGCCCAGUUGCAGAGACUCGUUAUCCUUGGCUGUGCUUAGGAAGACGUCGCGCAUCGAAGAGCAUCAAUUGGCUAGUAUAGGCUUCGCUCACACUCAUGCUCAUGCAUGUUACUCCAAUGCUUGUUCAGAUGAUUUGAUGGUGCUAAUCAAAACCGAGUACGACAAGAUACAAUCCAAGGAGCAGCAGCAUAGCUUCCUCGAAAAACUCAACACAGAGGCACAUUGUGCAAUUAACUUCCAUCUCAGCUCUUUCGGGAAAGAAUCCGUGGAUAAGCUUCUUUCCAACCCUCCACUACAGAAGCUUCUUUCAUUGCAGCUUGCGCUAAGCGACUUGGCUGACAACAAGAAGACGCGCGACAUUGCAUGGGUAGUACUCAAUUUGCGGUUUACGAGCUUUGGAAUCAUGUUCACUCUCUCGAGUAUCUAUCGUCAAAUGUCCAAGAAGAAAUCCGUCGAGGACACCCUAGAAGACUCCAUCCAUCGCGCCGAAUGCGUGUAUCUGUUGGUUGGUAACGUUAAAUGGCUCAUCGACUUCAUUGUUUAUCUCAACCAGGAGUUGGCGCAGCUUCUGUUGUCAAAGCAAGACCGUGAGCAUUCGUUGGUUACUGUAGAAAACUCCAUUGCGCUUCCCAUAAUAUUGAGCAAAAUUCCGCGUCUUUUCCUCAUGUAUGCGCUUUCAUCCAUUGGGAAAACGCAUGAAAUCUUGAAGAAGCUCCACAAAGACUUGAGUGAACACAACAAGCUCUUCACUCCGAUGAAAGAGGCUUUGGAUCGCUUCUUGGGUGCAUGUUCGUCUCUGCCAUGGAAAGUUUCUAAUUUCGAGAGCUUUCUUCGCGAAUGUGAGGGACACAUCUCUAAGGAGUUAGCGCCUAAGCUGGCAGACCGUGCUCUACUGCUCCGAAUGGAACAGGAUUUGUUUUGUCGCGGCAAGAUCCCGGCUGAGUACGUUAUGAUGGCAAAUGCGGUCAUCGAGCGCCAUGGUCACAGCAUCUCGCGUGAUACCAAGCUUUCCGAGCUCUUCUUCUACGAUACCUCUUGGAUAGCUGUUGGCGCUGCAUGUUACAGAAACGGGAAUGAAUCAGAGAAUACGCCAGCAACAAACCCGGCUCCAAACUAUCCUAAAGGCGCAAUUCAUGAGCCAAUGGACGUUGACGAUGGAUCGUCCAGACCUCGCAAGAUCGCCAAAAAGAUGGUGGGUACUCUUAUUCGUCAACCCUAUUCAAAGCAUGAGGCAGUCGAUGCUUUGCGCAAGAUAUUCAUCUCCUGCUCGUCGCCCGUCUUCUCUGGCGGCCCUUCACAGAUGGGCCGUGGAUACAUAUCUGCUGACAAGGUGCGCAAAUGUGUCAGAUGUCGCUCGGUAUCCUUAGUGGCAGAUCCAUUGGUGUUUGAUACGCCCCAUGUGAUUGCGCUUUGGACGAUGGUAUUUCAAAGAACAUGCAUCUGCGGAAGCGCAUGGGUUAAUUGUAUAUACACUUAG